CUCAGGGCUGAAGAUGGUUCCUCUCCUGUCCUUAUUGGCUCUGCUGCUGCUGUUGUGUGAUCUCAGCCCUGCAAAUGCCAACAAUUACUAUGACAAGGUCCUGGCUCACAGCCGCAUCAGGGGUCGAGAUCAGGGCCCCAAUGUCUGUGCCCUCCAGCAGAUUCUGGGCACCAAAAAGAAGUACUUCAGCUCAUGUAAGAACUGGUAUCAAGGUGCUAUCUGCGGGAAGAAAACCACUGUGUUAUAUGAAUGCUGUCCUGGCUAUAUGAGGAUGGAAGGAAUGAAAGGCUGCCCGGCAGUAAUGCCUAUUGACCAUGUUUAUGGUACGCUGGGCAUUGUGGGAGCCACUACCACUCAGCACUAUUCCGAUGUCUCAAAACUGAGAGAAGAGAUCGAAGGAAAGGGGUCGUACACCUACUUCGCACCGAGUAACGAGGCUUGGGAGAACCUGGAUUCUGACAUUCGCAGAGGACUGGAGAACAAUGUCAAUGUCGAGUUGCUAAAUGCUUUACACAGCCACAUGGUUAACAAGAGAAUGUUAACCAAGGACCUGAAGCACGGCAUGGUGAUUCCGUCAAUGUACAACAAUCUGGGCCUUUUCAUUAACCAUUAUCCCAACGGGGUUGUCACUGUGAAUUGUGCCCGAGUCAUCCACGGGAACCAGAUUGCCACGAAUGGAGUGGUCCACGUCAUUGAUCGUGUCCUGACGCAAAUUGGUACCUCCAUCCAAGACUUCCUCGAUGCAGAAGAUGACCUUUCGUCCUUCAGAGCUGCUGCCAUCACCUCUGACCUACUGGAGACCCUUGGAAGAGAUGGUCACUUCACACUCUUUGCGCCCACCAAUGAAGCAUUUGAGAAACUCCCACGGGGAGUCCUAGAAAGGAUCAUGGGAGACAAAGUGGCUUCUGAAGCUCUCUUGAAGUAUCACAUCCUAAACACUGUGCAGUGUUCCGAGGCUAUCACAGGAGGAGCUGUGUUUGAAACCAUGGAAGGAAACACAGUUGAGAUAGGCUGUGAAGGGGAUAGCAUCUCCGUCAAUGGAAUUAAGAUGGUGAACAAGAAAGACAUUGUGACAAAGAAUGGUGUCAUCCACCUGAUUGACGAAGUCCUCAUUCCUGAUUCUGCCAAACAAGUCAUUGAGCUGGCUGGGAAGCAGCAAACCACUUUCACAGACCUGGUGGCCCAGCUAGGCUUGGCGUCCUCUCUGAAGCCAGAUGGGGAAUAUACUUUGUUAGCACCUGUGAACAACGCCUUCUCUGAUGACACUCUGAGCAUGGAUCAGCGCCUCCUUAAGCUAAUUCUGCAGAAUCACAUAUUGAAAGUAAAAGUUGGCCUUAGUGAUCUCUACAACGGGCAGAUACUGGAGACCAUCGGAGGCAAACAGCUCCGAGUCUUUGUGUAUCGCACGGCUAUCUGCAUUGAGAACUCCUGCAUGGUGAGAGGAAGCAAGCAGGGAAGGAAUGGUGCCAUUCACAUAUUCCGAGAGAUCAUCCAACCAGCAGAGAAAUCCCUGCAUGAGAAACUGAGGCAGGAUAAGCGCUUUAGCAUCUUCCUCAGCCUCCUGGAAGCUGCGGAUUUGAAAGAUCUCCUGACACAGCCCGGAGACUGGACCUUGUUUGCACCAACCAACGAUGCCUUCAAGGGGAUGACAAACGAAGAGAAAGAGAUUCUGAUUAGAGAUAAAAAUGCUCUUCAAAACAUCAUUCUUUAUCACCUGACCCCAGGAGUUUAUAUCGGAAAGGGCUUUGAGCCUGGAGUCACUAACAUCCUGAAGACCACACAGGGAAGCAAAAUCUACCUGAAAGGAGUGAAUGAAACGCUUCUGGUGAAUGAGUUGAAGUCCAAAGAAUCUGACAUCAUGACAACAAAUGGUGUCAUUCAUGUCGUAGACAAACUCCUCUACCCAGCAGACAUCCCAGUUGGCAAUGAUCAGCUCUUGGAAAUACUGAACAAACUGAUAAAAUACAUCCAAAUCAAGUUUGUUCGUGGCAGCACCUUCAAAGAAAUCCCCAUGACUGUCUACACAACUAGAAUUAUAACCAAAGUCGUGGAACCAAAAAUUAAAGUCAUUCAAGGCAGUCUUCAGCCUAUUACCAAAAUUGAAGGACCUGCCAUGACAAAGAUCCACAUUGAAGGGGAACCUGAAUUCAGACUGAUUCAAGAGGGAGAGACGGUGACAGAGGUCAUCCAUGGAGAACCAGUCAUUAAAAAGUACACCAAAAUCAUAGACGGGGUUCCUGUUGAAAUAACUGAAAAACAGACCCGGGAAGAGCGAAUCAUUACAGGUCCCGAGGUAAAAUACACCAGGAUUUCUACAGGAGGCGAUGAAACAGGCGAGUCGCUGCAGAAAUUCCUCCAGAAAGAUACACCUGAAAAGAAGAUACAAAGCAGCAGCAGAAGGGUUCAAGGAUCUAGAAGACGAUCAAGGGAAGGCCGUUCUCAGUGACAAUCUGGAGUUCAGACAGCAGAGUUUAUGUAACCAACAACCUGAUUUUAAGGGGGAAUUGUAAGAGCCACACUGAUUUCAGAAUCUGAAAUGCCAACAAGCAGAAAAGAUUCAUCAAGCAAGUCUGAACACAGAUUUAAUCCCUUUGUUUCUGAAUGAGAAACAUAAGGAAAACAGUAGUUAGUCUCCAGUGGGGUAGGAACUGAAAGACACAUAGGACCAUGCAGGGCUUUUAUUAUCUCAAUGAGAAGAGUUCUGAUUGACUUGGGAAUCAACCAAAGAUCAACCUAGUGGCCAGAUCCAUUACAGCUGUGUCUCUGCUCUGUGAGCUCUUACCUCCUUGAGAAGAGAGAGGCUGAAUGUACUUCAUGGAAAAAAACAAAGCAUACAGUUGACUCUCCAUGGAAGGCUAGGCUGUCAAAAGGAGUGUUCAGUACACAACAAGCAAACCAACCAACCACGAUACAACCUGUGGCGUUACAUAUUUCUCAUGCAAUGUGGGUUUCCUGCUAAAUUUUGUUAGUUUUACACUUGAUUUAUACUCUCGAGAUGUUUGUCAUAUGCUUCUUGCAAUACACAUGUUUUGUCUCAAACAUUUCAAUAAAACCAUUUUUUCAGGUAUAAAGAGAGUUACUUCAAACUGGGUAAUUCAGAAAACUCAAGGUUUAAGUUAAAAAUGAGUUUCGACUUUGGAAUAGGAUUCUACCUUUUUAUUGUUAACAAGUACUCAAUAAAGGAAAUCAAAUAAAAUUAGUG